UAACGUAGUGGCUCUAGUGGGAUACUUUAGUAAUUACAGAAGGACGUAUGGUACGGAUAUGGAAAAGGAGAAUGGCAUUUAGGAAAUAAAACACAAAAGCAAUGGCAAUUUCACUCUCAGACUCCCACUCCAAUAUAUUUUUCCCAUUUACCAUAUUUCCGGGCCUCGCACAGAAUGCUCCUUUCCCCCACAAUGGCCACACGCGAAAACACAAACGCAAUGAACCUCGAAACUCCAAUCUCGAAACCAGAGCUUCCGAAUCCCAGCAAUGCCGAAACCCAACCCAUUUUUGAAGACAUUGAUAGCUCUUGUUCUACUCCUUAUGUCAGUGCUCCCUCCAGCCCUGGCCGUGGCCCCGUCUCCGGCUUCUUCUACAGCGCCCCUGCAAGCCCGGUGCACUUUGCACUCAGCGUAGCAUUGGCACCGACGACACAACCUCGGUCUUCUUCGACGAUGGAUGACUUUGAGUUCUCUGCGAGGUUCGGGUCUAGUGGGUUGAGUUGUACCGGGUCCAUGAGCUCGGCCGACGAGCUUUUCUUGAACGGGAAGAUCCGCCCAAUGAAGCUCUCCACUCACCUGGAGCAUCCUCAGGUUUUGGCUCCAUUGAUGGAUCUUGAAACAGAAUUGGACGAGUAUGAGCCGGAUCAGGUUGGCGAGAGAGGCAGAGAUCUGAGGUUACGUGAUAAGUCUCUGCGCAGAAGAACCAGAUCUCUGUCUCCGAUGAGAAACGCAGGGUUUGAGUGGACAGAGGACGAGGAUAGAGAUAAAAAUACAAGCUUUGAAGACAAUAAUGGUUGUUUGGAAGUAGAAGAGAAUGAGAGGGAAAAGAUCGAGGGGUUCUGUUCAGAGACAACUACUCCUUCGGUCUCUGCGUCGUCGUCGAGAUCUUCUUCGGCUGGAAGGAGCUCAAAGAGGUGGGUUUUCUUAAAAGACUUUCUCAGGAGCAAAAGCGAAGGGAGAAGCAACAACAAGUUCUGGUCGACGAUCUCGUUUUCUCCAACAAAAGAAAAGAAACCUGGAAACCAAACGCUUCCAAACCUUGUUUCGAAGGAUAAAGACAGCAAGUUUACCAACCCGGUCACCGUGGCUUCAGAAGCAGGGAAAAGUAAGAGAACUGCACGAACUUCGGCCAAGAAAGCUGCGGGAAAGCCUGCCCAUUGGGUCGGAAAACGGGGCAUCCCCCCGUCGCCUCAUGAGUUGCAUUACACGGCUAAUAGAGCACAUGCUGAGGAAAUGAGGAAGAAGACUUUCUUGCCUUACAAGCAAGGGUUGCUUGGGUGCUUGGGAUUUAGUUCCAAGGGGUAUGGAGCCAUGAAUGGUUUUGCCAGAGCUUUAAACCCAGUUUCCUCCAGAUCAAUAAUUUGAUCCACAUGGUCGACAUGGCCAGACCUGUCUGUGUUUGGUACUCAAGUCUGAAGGGGGCCCCCUCGCACCAAGCCAUAAACACAUGAGGAAAUGGACGUGUGUUUGGCUGUAUGUUUCUGGCUCAAGCUCUUUGGUUCAUAUGCGCAUAUUUACAUAAAAGAGGUCGUUGGGAUUCUUUGAAAUAGAUUAGACGAGCCAAUUUAUUUCUGUUAUAGUAGCAGUACCCUGUUUCAGGGCCCCAAGAAUGCAACUUGUUCAUACAAUAAUUUUCCUCUGAUUGCAUUUAAGCCAAUCAAAUAGUAGAUCUAGGUAGGUCGUAGUUGGAGGUGAUAAAAGGAGGAUUAUGGUCUAAAUUCAAAUGGGGGCAUGCUGUCUCUAGACAAUGACAGAAACAGUGUGGGGGUGAUGAAACAUUGACUUGAUCUUGAAGAAUUUGUUUUUGUCUAAUAAAAAAACAAAAAAAAAAAUCUGAAAUCUCUUUUAA